AUGGCUGAGUCCGCGGAUACCGAUUCCCCCUCCAUUGAGAUCCAAAACCUCUCCUAUAAGUUCCAAGAUGGCUCAAAUGGAUUGGAAGAUGUGCUGUUAAGCCUCCCACCAAGCAGUCGGACCCUUCUCAUUGGCGCGAACGGAGCGGGGAAAACCACACUGCUUCGUCUGGUCUCGGGCAAACGCCUUGCCCCCACCAACACCAUCGCUGUAGGCGGCAAAGAUCCAUUCAAGGACAGCCUUGAAGGGGUAACCUACCUUGGCGUGGAAUGGGUGCUGAAUGCCAUUGUUCGCACCGACAUCGAUGUCCCCACGCUAUUGGCCUCCGUGGGCGGAAAUGCUUACCCGGAGCGACGUGAUGAGCUUGUUGAUAUCCUCGAUAUUGACCUCCGUUGGCGCAUGCAUGCCGUAUCCGAUGGUGAACGGCGCCGCGUCCAGCUGGCCAUGGGUCUGUUGCGGCCUUGGAAGGUUCUGCUUCUGGACGAGAUCACCGUUGACCUCGAUUUGCUCUCCCGAAGCAACUUCCUCGCUUUCUUGAAACGAGAGACAGAGUCGCGAGCUUGUACUAUUGUCUAUGCCACCCAUAUCCUAGAUAAUCUUGCACAGUGGCCCACUCACUUGGUGCAUAUGCAUCUGGGCAAAGUCAAGGCAUGGGGAACCGUGGAAAAGUUCCACGAUCAAGUUCCACAGUGGACGUCCGAGAACAGUCGCCUUGGAGAAUUGGUUCUGAAGUGGCUUAAGGAGGACCUUGCUGUUCGGGGUCCUCGGAAUGGAGAGGCGACCCAGGCUAAAACUUAUGAUGCCGGUGGUAUCGGGGGUUACGGCUUUGAAAAACACGACUAA